UCGCUGUGGUUAUUUAUCGUUACUUAUUACGUAAGCAGAAAGUGACACGCCCACCACCUCACGUAAGUUCUGGAGUUGUCUGUUACUGAACUGGUCGCGUGGCUGCUAAAAGUUUAAAUAAAGAUGGCAGAUGUCGUUCACAUGAUUGACACCGAGGUCUUCCUGGCCUUCUCUACUUAUGCAACCAUAGUCAUCCUCAAAAUGAUGCUGAUGAGCCCCAUAACUUCUUACUUUCGCUUAACAAAAAAGGUCUUUGCAAACUUGGAGGACACCGGCUUGGUCAAAAUCAAAGAAGACAGGAAGAAGUUUGUCAGGGUGGAUCCAGAUGUCGAACGAGUGCGAAGAUGUCAUCAGAACGACCUGGAGAACAUCGUUCCCUUCGUGGUAAUCGGUCUUCUGUACGCUCUCACGGGUCCGGAUCUCUCCUCGGCUCUGUUGCACUUUAGGGUGUUUGUGGGUUCACGGUUCAUCCACACGGUGGCUUACCUGAUGUCUUUUCCCCAGCCCAGUAGAGCUCUGGCGUGGAUUGUGGGAUUGUUCACAACCUUCUCCAUGGCCCACAGGGUCCUCACUACUGCACUUUUCCUUUGAUAGCUAGCACUCGGAAACUUUUAGGGCAGUCUCACGCUGAAACAUGACUUGAAUGGCUUGAAAUGCUGCAUGCGUGUCAUUUAUUACGUUUUUUUUAAGCCUUUAGGUGUAUAUCAAAAGUGAAAUACAGUUUUCACUGCUAAAUAAUUGAAACUUUUUCCAUGCGCACCAAGACAAUUUGGGUUUCUGUUACAUAUUUAACAUUAUGGGGAAGUUUCCAGGACAGGGCUUAUUCUAGUCCCAGAUUAAAAUGCAUGUUUGAUCUGCCUUAAUUUAUAAACACCUUGUACUGACGUAUCUUAACGUAUGUCAGUGCCGUUGUUUUGUCUUUUUGUACACUGUCAGAAAAAAAGGUACAAAGUUGUUCCUUUUUCUGUCGCUGGGGUGGUACCUUUAUGGGUAUACAACACAUUGAAAUGUUGUAUCUUAUUGGGUACAAUAUUAUACCCUAAGGACCAAUUGUGUACCUUAAGGAACAAUUUUGUACCAGUUAAAUUUUAGGGGUACAAAACAGUUAACUGUACCUUUAAAGGUACACAAUAGAACAGAAAUGUACCUCAAAAGGUACACAAUUUUAUUAUGUUUAUAUACCUGUAAAGGUACAAAACGGUAUGGGGUACCACCCCAGUGACAAAAAAGGUACAGUUUUGUACUUUUUUUUCUGACAGUGUAAGGUUUCUUUGUAAAAACUACUUAAAUGUCCCAAGGCCUGGAUUAAUCUAAACCAUGUCUGGGAAACUGCCCUAUAAGACACUAAACAACAGUGUUUGGUUGUCUUUUAAGUUUGGCCCCCAUAACUAACCAAAAAUGACUAUUAACAUUUGAAGUGGUUUCCUUAAAGUUGUCUUAAAAUGAUGAACAAUACCCAUUCUUGUGACUUUUUUGAUCCACUUCAAAUGUCGACUAGUGUAGUUACUUGUAUGUAAAGGUACUACAUGUUUUUAGAUGACGGACAGAUGAAAAUAUACUGAGGUGAUUGCAAAUUGACAUAAAAUCUUGUGAAAGAGGUUUAAGGAUUAAAUAAAGUUUAAACAUUUCUGACA